AUGCCUUUUACUCUUGCAAAAGCAGAAAAGGCCGUCAUUAAAAUUCCUCCAUUCAUCUUGGAAGUAAUCACAGGAAUGCUUCUCAGCGAUGGUCAUCUUCAGUUUAGAGUAAUAAAUGCUCGACUCGAAAUUGACAAAAGAAAGGAAUUUGUACAAUGGCUAUGGAAUCUUUUUGUUUCUAUAGGAAUUAUUAGUGCAGUACCCAAUAGACGAUCCGAACUGAUGUUAAACGGGCGUAGAAUUCUUGGCGUCACUGGUCAUGAUGUCAACUUAAAUGAGAAAAAACGCGUAAAAGUGACUGCAAUUCCCGUUUUUGAUUCACUGGAAAUCCGUGCUAUCUGGUUGGAAUUGCGAUUUGGCGCAGCUGAAUCAAAAAUGGAGAGUUUAAAAUUAUAUAUUAGGUAUUUGACAAUUUUGAUCCCUGCAAUUUCUUUGUGGCGCAAUGUUUAA